CUUUCGGGCGGAUAAGAAAACGCAAGCUUCGGCCCCAAACAUAUUGAUAAAAGAAGGAAAAACCGGAAUGGGGAGUGGUUUUUGUCCAAAAGUUCUAUCCACUAGGGGUCCCUUGUGUCUGGAGUAAGUCACCUAAAUUAAACGCGAAGGUUGGUUUCUAUACUGUUCCCAGAGUCUCUGCAGAACUCUCCUAGUACCGACCUCCUGCUCAGUUCCUGGCCCUGAGACUCCAGUUCGUGGCUGAGAAACCCACGGGAUAGAGACGAGUCGGUAGUUUGCUUUCUGGGCGCGGAGUGAUUUGGAGAAGGGCGGUGCGGGGCUGCGGGAAAGUUGGUGCAGAGGAUCCAGCCAAUGGAAGAGCAGGGGAGGUAAGGGAUCCUCUGUACUUUCCGCAGCCUUCCCGGGAAGCUUCAGGAUCUCGCAAAGAAUUCCCUUGCAAAUCAAAGUAGGUGGUUCACUUUUUCAAUAACUUCUGCCCCAUACUGGGAUGCAAUGGCAUCUUAGCCCGAUCUGUGCAGGCUCUGGGUGUUAAACCAAGCAUCCCCCCACCGCCUGCUCCCCCGCCUCCCAACGCAAGUGAAGGCUUGCAGUCGCAGCCCUCGCUCUAGACUGCUGUGCUUCCUGCUCCCGGUCACUGGUCUUGGAUGCGCUGGACGCGGCGCCACGAGUGUCUGCACUUGCAAGCUCAGAAUCUUCCCGGCAAGUCUGCAUACGGUGGGUUGAGCCGGGAGGGAAAGUUCCUUUCGGGAGUCGCUGGAAUCAACGGAAUUUCCCAUCCCUCCACGUGUCCUAUAUGAUAUCCAGCGUCAGUUACCCGCAAACAGCCAAGAAUGCGAGGCCCCCUCUACAUAGCAAUUCUUUUGCCUUUCGCUGCUGUGUAGACCGUUAUAGAGCGAGCACACAGAAGACUCGGACGGCGCAAGUUCCGUGCAGCCUGGAAAAGGAGUGAAAAGGCUGCUGACAUCACUCGGGGCGGGGCCGCCAGUCUUUAAGAAAAGUCGCGCGGCUGCAGCUGCCAGGCACAGCUUCAUCAUGAGCUGCUACAACAGCUCCGAACUCCAGGUGCUUUGCAGCUCCAGCCAGCUAUUCCUGCAGCCGCUCUGGGACCGCCUGAAGACCUGGGAGGCUUUCAUCCAGUCGCCCUUCUUCCCGGUCCUCUUCUCAGUCAUCACCUAUGUGGGCUUCUGCCUCCCCUUCGUGGUGCUGGACGUCCUGAACCCCUGGGUUCCAUCUCUGCGCCGCUACAAGAUUCAUCCCGAUUUUUCGCCAUCAGCCCGGCAGUUGCUGCCCUGCCUGCGACAGACUCUCUACCAGCACGUGGUGUACGUGUUCCCCUUAACGCUGCUACACUGGGUCCACAGCCCCAAGCUCCUGCCACCCGAAGCCCCCCAGCUGCUUGAGCUAGUGAGCCACAUCGUGUUCUGCCUGUUGCUCUUCGAUGGUGAAUUCUUUGUGUGGCACGUGCUGCACCACAGAGUGCCCUGGCUGUACCGCACCUUUCACAAGGUGCACCACCAGAACUCGUCCUCGUUCGCUCUGGCCACGCAGUACAUGAGCGUUUGGGAGUUGUUUUCCUUGGGCUUCUUUGACUUGGUGAACAUCAAGCUCCUCAAGUGCCACCCGCUCACCGUCCUCAUCUUCCAUGUGGUCAACAUCUGGCUGUCAGUGGAGGACCACUCAGGCUACGACUUUCCGUGGUCCACUCACAGACUAGUGCCUUUCGGGUGGUAUGGAGGCGUGGCGCAUCACGAUCUGCAUCACUCUCAGUUCAAUUGCAACUUUGCCCCUUACUUCACACACUGGGACAAAUUACUUGGUACCUUUCGCCCUGCACCUCUGCCAGCUUGGUGGAAUUGUGGCUGUGGUGGGUGCCCCUCCUAACCGUGACUGCUCUGCAUUUCCCACUCGAAUCGGAAGCAAUAUACCUGAGCUAUUUAAAAAAAAAAAGACUUAACUUAUUAACUGAUGAAAACUGUUAUAGACAAAAUCUGAUGUAUUUUUGCAAUCUGACAAAAUAAUUUAUAUAAUAUAUGUAUAUAAUACAAUUGAAUUCUUGGUGUCAAAUUCUAGCUCACGUCAAUAACCUUGAUUGCUGACAUAAAUUUAGACAGUUAUCACAGGCAUAUUUAAAGCAUCUCUAAAAGGAUUUGUUUAUGGAACAAGGACUUAUGUUUAAAAGUGUCUUAGAAUUGGGAUAGAGUUGCAUCUUUGUGGAGUAUCUAAAUUCUGACUCUAUUCAUAAACAUGUACCUGCUGGACAGUGACUUAAGAUUAUAGUACUUUUUUGUAUUUUUAAUAGAAUUGUAUAUUUAUAUUGAAAGAAAUGUUAUUUGUGCUUAAAAAGUGAGAAAGAAAUAAGUAAAUCAAAUAAGUACUGGGCUUCUGUUCACUGACAUUUUGAUGAAAAAUAACUAAACAGGGAAGGGAGAGCUGGGAUGACAAAUGCUUCAGAGCUUACCAUGGAAA